UCUCUAAAUCACCAUCAAUCGUGCCCUGAGAGAGGGUUAGUGAUGGUGAAUGUUUUCCUUCUUAUGUUCUUCACGUUUAUCUCUUUUCUUUUCGAUUUGGCCAAUGAAUUUCUGAUCAAACUUUGAGUAGGGUUUGCAAAUUGAACCAUCGACAGGGUCUUGGAUUGCAUCUUAAUAAGUUUUUUUUUAUCUUGUCUAAAAUUUCCCCCAUGCUCUCGAAUCAGUCCUCCAUUCGGUUCUCCAUGGAAGAAAAUAUUUCCUCAAUGGUGGCAAACUUUUAUUCCAUCCAAUAUGUGAUUUGACUGAUAUAUUUCUCCAAUUUUUUAUCCAAAUCAUCUAUUUUCUUAGCAGACAUUCUUUCCAUGAAUUUUUUUAAUCACCAAAAGCCGAAAGCACUUGUAUGCAACUACCAGAAUCGUGUCGAAAGAUGAAGUCUCGGGUCUCUAUAUGACGCUUUCCAGUCAUUGUCUUCCUAGAUAGCUCUGAUCAUGACUAUAUCAUGUAGAAGACGCGAGAGGAAGAGAAAAAUGGGAGUUUCGGGUUUGUGUCCCGCUUCCAAGCCGUUGCCUUCCCAGCUAUGUCUGCACGUGAUUUUAUUGCCGGAUUAGGUCACAAGGGCGAGUCUUGAUCCCGUUGUUGCUGCAUGUGACUGAGGAAGGCGAGAAAGACACGAGUUUCGAGUCUCAGUUAGCCAUAAUCCUUCGCGUCAGAGCCUUCCCGAUUACAAUAUCACCGACAACGAGAUUAUACCGUCCGACUUCCAAGUCCACAUGAGUGGCUUGGAGGCUCUUGAAUGUAAUGCACGAGAAAGGAAUGCGGAUAAGGACUUCAUUUGGAUCAUUGAGAGCUUGUUGUCCCAGAUUUCGGUUGUGAUUGUUUGCUACCGACGGAAAACUAAAGAGUGGUAUCUGGAAAUGUUUCCAUUUGCUUUCAGAUUUGAUCUUUGUUGAAUUGGAAAGCUUUUUAACUUGGAUCUUGCAUGCACUGUUUACUUAUCGGAGGGCUGGGAUAGAAUAUCUUGAAAAGAGAUGGCAAUUACCAAACCAGAGGCUAUGAAGUCCUAUAUUUGGCUUCAAACAGCUGAUGGCUCUAUACAGCAAGUGGAGGAGGAGGUUGCCAUGUUCUGCCCCAUGAUAUGUCGAGAAAGGCUUCAGUCUGGCAUGGGAUCUUCUAAAAACUUUGCUAUAUCAUUGCCUGAGCGAGUAAAUCCUGCCAUACUCAGCUUAAUACUUGAUUAUUGUCGAUUCCAUCAAGCUCCAGGACGAUCAAACAAGGAGCGGAAAUCAUUUGAUGAGAAAUUUAUCAAGACUGACACGAAACAGUUAUGUGAGUUGGCAUCAGCAGCUGACAGUCUUCAGUUGAGGCCUUUGGUAGAUCUCACCAGUCGAGCGCUUGCGCGCAUAAUAGAAGGAAGAACACCGGAAGAGAUUCGUGAAAUAUUUCAUUUGCCUGAUGAUCUAACUGAGGAGGAAAAAUUGGAACCGUUGAAAAAUGCCACCAAUGAUCCUCGCAUCCGACUAUUAAAUAGAUUAUAUGCAAAGAAGAGAAAAGAACUAAAGGAGCGACAAAGAGUGAAGGAUGAGGAAACUGAAGAUCACCAUGUGGACGAACGUUCAGUUGAUGAGCUUUUAUCUUUUAUAAAUGGAGACCAUGAAGAUUCAAAGUUUAUCAGGUCUGCUAAAAAUAAAAAGAAGAACAGGAGAAGAAGAGAUUUAUCAGAAGAGUCUUCUACAGAUGGAUUUAAUAAUAAACAGCAGGUGGAAUCAACAAGUCAUUCUAUGGGAUUCCUUGAGUCUGGCGAAAACUCAGAAAUACAGGAAGUUUCUGAAGCUCUUUUCUCAGGGAAACUUGAGUUUGAUGAUGAUUAUGUUGAUGAUGACCUAGAUCCUGCAAUGAAGGAAGAACUUGACAGGGAAGUGGAGGAUUUUGCCCGAAGGUUGAAUUCUAAUUGGCUAUCGUUAAGUCAAGAAAGAAGGCUUGUUCCAAAUAUAAAGAAUGGCAAUGGAUUGCUCCCUAGAUAUGAAGGGAAAUAGAGACCACCAUACGAAGUUGUGAGGAAAUAGCACUCUAUACGAGAUACAUAUAUGGCUUUUGCCCUUUAUUCCUUCAGUUCUAUUGGGUGAGAUCCAUAUGCUUCUUCUUCAGACCUGGGAGCAUAAAUUUUUUACUGUUGCGAUAAUUUUGGCGAUCCUGGAGUCAAACCAAAUAGAGCCCAUGAGUCCAUAAUCCUCGUCGAAAAUCAUUUCUUUGAUUUUUUUGUUUUUUGGUGCCGUGAAUAAUUGCAGACUAACAUUUUAUCACCAUGAAAAGCUCAAGAUUGGUUGAGUCACUUGUUUUACAAAUUUCAAUUUUAUAAUUGGUUUUCAAUGUUGA